UCCAUCAAUUUAGUUUUGUAUGUAUAUAUACGUAAUCGUUGGUUAUUUUUGGUUAUAAAUAUUGCUUAUAGAAUUGCACGAUGUCAUUAAAAAAUAUAUACUAUUUUUGGAAAAAUUGUUCGAUCUGGCUGAGGAUAAUCUUCGUGGUCAUCACUUGAAACUAAGAGGCAAGAAUUCCAAAAGUAAUGUAAGACUCAGCACCUUUAGUCAAAGAAUCAAUUUAUUACUGGAACAGUUUGGAAGAAUCAACAAUAGCUUCCACAAGUGUUAAUCAAUUUAAAUCGUUGCUAAAUUCUGAGACAUGGAACAUUAAGAAAUUUAACCCGUCUGUAAAUUAAGUUAAAUUAUCAAUUAAUAUUUACUAAGCGCACUCUAGAGAAGUUUAAACAAAAUAGUACAUAUCAGAGAGAGAAUCUAAAGAAGAGACCAUUUAUCAGAUGGGCCAUUACAGCAUAGCUAAAUUACGGCCCAACAGUCCAGGUAUCCAGGUAUCGAGGUGCUGAUGAGCCUGAUGUCUAUUCGUUGAUUACCAGUUUAUUACUUUAAAUUUGGGAGUAAGAAAGAUUUAGUACUGGACCCUGACUUGAUGCGACCAUUGGACAGGCUUACCGGAGGAGCAUCAUUCUUGAAGGAUAAUGGUGUGGACAAAAUCUUCAAGCUGGAAAGAGCAGACAGGCAUAAGAGUUUAAAUGGCUGUGACAGAAGAAUCUACAUCGUGAGGCCAAAAGUAAAUAUAAUAAAAAUUAUCGCAGACCAGAUUGCAAAUGAGCGUGCCAAAAAUGAGACCAGAAAAUACAAAAUUGUCAUGGUUCCAAGAAAGUUAUUUCUCUGUGAAAGCCUACUUGAGCAAGAGGGAGUGCAUGGCUUGUGUGAACUUGAUGAGCUUCAUUUUGACCUGUUGCCCCUGGAUACGGAUAUUAUCUCCAUGGAGAACCCUGACUUCUUCAAGGCUUUCUACAUGGAUAAUGACCUGACUGGUCUGCACACAGUCAGCCGAGGCGUUUCCACCUUACAGAGCAUCUUUGGAGAGAUCCCAAACAUUUAUUGCAUAGGAAAAGCUGGCAAAAUGUGCUAUGAGCUACUGAGGCAAAUGAGUGUUGGAGAAAAAAUCAAUAAACCAAUAGAUUAUCCUAAAUCGGAAAUUGGCCACAUGUUUCUAAUAGACAGAGAGGUAGACCUGGUAACGCCCCUGUGUACCCAGGUGACAUAUGAGGGUCUCCUUGACGACAUGUUUGGAAUCCACUGCGCGUGCAUCGAGUUCAGGUCAGAGAUCACACAGAAGGACCAUCCUGUCAAGGUCAUGCUUAACAGCGAGGAUAAGGUUUAUGAUGGUAUUCGCAAUCGUCACUUCACCAAUGUGUUUGAUUUCCUGAGGACUGAAGCUCAAGAACUGCAGAAAAAAUCAGAUAAAAGAAAGGAUAUGAAGUCAGUCAGCGAGAUGAAAGAUUUUGUUGCCACAGAUUUACGCCAUCUCAAUCAAAAUAAAGCUGUGUUAUCAUAUCAUAUUGGUGCAUGUGAGCAAAUCAUUGCCAAGAAAAACAAAGGAGAUUUCCAGGAGUAUAUCCAAACUGAACAUAGUCUCUUGGAGGGUUCUUCCCAGAGAGAGAACUUUAACUACAUCGAGGAAAGUAUCAACAAACAGAACUCGCUGAUGUCUAACCUACGUCUCCUGUGUCUCCUGUCCCUGACCAAUGACGGGAUCCCGGCGCGAGAGUACAAGUCCCUGAAGACUCAGUUCCUGCAUAGCCAUGGCUUUGAGCAGAUGGUGACAUUCCACAGCCUGAAGAAGGUGGGACUACUGAAGGAGCAGGAAACAACAACUCAGUCUAAAGUCACUGCAGGAGUCGCUGCACUUACCAGAACUAGUGCGUUCAAAACCCUGAGAAAGAGACUGAAUCUAAUUCCAGCAGCUGAUAUAGAUCUUCGCAAUCCCUGUGACAUGUCUUAUGUGUUCAGUGGAGCCUACACACCCCUGUCCUGCAGACUGGUCGAACAGGUGUUAGAGAGGGAAGGCUUCAUUGGUCUGGAAGAUGUGACCAAGCUGUUGCCAGGGGGCGUCCAUACCGAUGUGCGCCUCCCCACCCCUGGGAAAGGUGGUCGUGGUAACAACAACGCACCUGGCCGUGCUGCCAAGGUGGUAUUGGUGUACUUCAUUGGUGGAUGUACGUAUUCAGAGAUUGCUGCAUUGAGACUCCUCGGAAAACUGAAAGGUUUUCGCUUCCUGGUAGCGACCACAUGUAUCUACAACUCUGGCAGCAUGCUGGAGACGGUGGUUGAUAAACCUCAAGUAUGAGCUGGAAGCCUUAGGAUUGUUGUAAUUGUUCUCUCUUCCAGCUGGAAAUUGUGAUUAAAUUGUGUACAUCUUGGAAAGAGGAGCCACUAAAAUGGUUAUAUUUGAUCCCAUCAUACAGUCUGAAUUGGUGAAUUUACACAUGAGGGAGAUGACACUGUUUUCGAUGCUGGAAGCACCUUUUAUUGCUUAACUGAACACAAAUUCUGAAAGUGUGGCAAUCUGCAAUGAGGAAAAUUUGUUACGCAUAAUAUUCUGAUGUAUACAGUGGCUAAUUGAACAGUUGAUGAAAAAGAGAGUGUAAUCAAUUAAAUAGCUAUGUGCGCCAUAUGACUCUUCCUUUCAGAGUGCUGUUUUUUACCCUUAAUUAAUUGACCAAUUCAUCUCUCAAUUCGAGUUAAUUGAUCUAUUGCCAUCGUCCAGACAUCUGAUUCAUAGCAUAAAGAAAUAAUAAGAUCAUCACCGCAUUUAACGCAACUGGGACUUCAUUCAUUAGGUGAUGUUUCAGUCCUCAGAAGUAAUUGAAUAUACAUGUAAUACGUACUUGAUGAUGUAAAGUGAUAAGUGGUAGCAUGUAUAUUAUGUGGACUUCUUCAUAUGAGCAUCAUUCUGAAAAAAUAGGGCUUUAUGCCUGUGCAUAAAGUGUCUUCUGUGUAGUCUGCACAAGCAAACCAGGGACAACAGUUUUCACCUAGACUGGAGUUUUGUUUAGAAGACAUCUUUUAAAUGAAAAAUUCCAUAAAAGCGGAAAUUGUGAGGCUAACAUGUGACAACAUUUUACACAAAUGCAUUAAGCCUGGAUUUCCCUAGAAGCUGCUCAAUUAACAGCAAACUGUUAGUAUACUGGUUAUUUUGUGUUGUAAAAUAUUUAGUAUGGGCAACCAUCUUUUAUUCUCAAAUUAGUAUAUGCCAGUUUGAAAACAAUAGCAACACCCCAGGGGAUGGGCAGAAGAAGGGAAAUAUUUGUUCAGUAUGGACAGAUUUCCAAAUAAUUUGUCUGAUUAUAAUCAGGAUGAUGAGACCUAGUGUUGUGUCCUUUGAUCCAAGGUCACAAGUCAAUGUUGAAGGUCAAAUUUAUGAAACUUUUGCUUGUCACUUUAUUCAGACCAUAUAUUUGUCCAACAUAAAUGAAUUUUCAAAUAACUAGGCAAAGGUGAUCAGCUUGUUAAGACAGAAUGUCAUGCGCAAGAACAAGGUCACUAGGUCAAAGUCAUCAUGACAAAAUUAAUCAAGAUAAAAGGUAAAAAAUGAGUUUUAAACAAAUUAAGGAGGUUGAAGGUAAAGGUCACAUUUAAAGGCCAAAGGUAAAAGAAGAGAUAUCAAUUGAGACUUUGUCCAAUCUUUAGUUGAUUCUUUUUAUAUUGAAGGGUUUAUCUUUUAACAAUAUCACUCUUGUUAUUUAUUUAUUUGUUGAGUUCUAUUUUUAGCAACCUGUUUUGUAAUUAUUUCACAUUUCUCUCAUAAUAGUUGUUUCAGGAUAUGUAAAAAAUAAAAAAUAAAAAUAAAAAAAUAUGUCAAAACACAUUUACUAUACACUUUUUUUUAGCUCACCUGAUUGCUCAGGUGAGCUUUUGUGACCGGUCUUUGUCCGUCAUCCGUCCGUCCGUCCACAUUUGUUCGUAAAUACUCUAUAGAGGCCACAUUUAUUUCCGAUCUUCAUGAAACUUGGUCAGAAGCUUUGUCCCAAUGAAAUCUCGGUCGAGUUCGAAAAUGGGUCGUGCCGGUUUAAAAACUAGGUCACUAGGUCAAAAAAAAAGAAAAAACAUGUAAACACUGUAGAAGUCACAUUUCUUGCCCAAUCUUCAUGUAACUUUGUCAAAAUGUUUGUCUUAAUGAUAUGUUGGUUGAGUUCAAUAGUGAUUCUGGUCCGUUGAAAAUCAUGGCCGCCAGUGGGCGGGGCAGUUUUCCUUAAUUGGCUAUAGAGAAACCUUGUAAACACUCUAGAAGUCACAAUUUUUGCCCAAUCAUCAUGAAAGUUGGUCAAAACAUUGGUUUAUUGAUAUCUGGGACGAGUUCGAAAAUGGUCCAGAUCGGUGAAAAAACAUGGCCGCCAGUGGGCGGGGCAUUUUUCCCUAUAUGUAUAUAAUGAAAAUAUGUGAACACUCUAGAAUUCAAAUUUUUGGCCCAAUUUUCAUGAAAUUUGGUUAGAACAUUUGUUUCCUUGAUACGAGAGUUGAGUUCAAAAAUGGUUCCGGUCAGUUGAAUAACAUGGCUGCCAGGGGGGGGGGGCAGUUUUCCUUAAUGGCUUUAGAGAAACCUUGUAAACACUCUAGAAGUCACAAUUUUUGCCCAAUCAUCAUGAAAGUUGGUCAAAACAUUGGUUUUAUUGAUAUCUCGGACGAGUUCGAAAAUGGUCCAGAUCGUUGAAAAAACAUGGCCGCCAGUGGGCGGGCCAUUUUUCUCUAUAUGUAUAUAGUGAAAACAUGUCAACAAUCUAGAAGUCACAUUUUUGGCCCAAUUUUCAUGAAAUUUGGUCAGAUCAUUUGUUUCAUUGAUAUGAGAGUUGAGUUCGAAAAUGGUUCCAGUCAGUUGAAUAAUAUGGCUGCUGGGGGGGGGGCAGUUUUCCUUAUUUGGCUAUAGAGAAACCUUGUAAACACUCUAGAAGUCACAAUUUUAGCCUAAUCAUCAUGAAAGUUGGUCAAAACAUUGGUUUUAUUGAUAUCUCGGCUGUGUUUGAAAAUGGUCCAGAUCGUGAAAAAACAUGGCCACCAGUGCGGGGCAUUUUUCUCUAUAUGUAUAUAGUGAAAACAUGUGAACACUCAAGAAGUCACAUUUUUGGCCCAAUUUUCAUGAAAUUUGGUCAGAACAUUUGUUUCCUUGAUAUGAGAGUUGAGUUUGAAAAUGGUUCUGGUCAGUUGAAUAACAUGGCUGCGGGGGGGGGGGGGGGGGGGGGCAGUUUUCUUAUAUUUGUAUAGUAAAAAAAGCUUGUGAACACUCUAGAAGUCACAUUUUCUGCCCUAUCAUCAUGAAACUUGGUGAAAAGAUUGGUUUUAUAUAUAUCACAUAAUUAAUGCCAUAAUUAUUGCCUUUAGAUUGUCCAAAUUUUCAUUAUAUUAUACAAAAUCCUUGUAAACACUCUAGAGGUCACAAUUUUGUUUCAGAUUUUAUGAAUUUGGUCAUAAUAUUUAUUUUUGUAAGCAAAGUUUGAUGUUUGGUAAGGGGGGUCAACUCAAAUUAUAGGUCACCAGGUCAAAUCUUACAAAAACAAAAUCACUCCAUAUGCCAGAGUUUUGGUUAAAUAAUGAUGAAACUUGACCAGGAUGUUUGUCUGGACAAUAUCUAGGUCAAGUUUGACGUUUGGUAAAGAUUGAAUGAACCGACUCCUCUCAGGUGAGCGAACUAGGGCCAUCUUGGCCCUCUUGUUAUAAGUAACUUUGUUAAUGGUUGUGUGCAAUAAUGCAUCUAAUAGUAAAUUUGUUUAUUUUGUUAGUUUAAAAACAAUAAAGCAUUCCAAUUUAUAA